AAAAUUUGUGACAAUUUUGAAAAACAAAUUAGUAUUUUUCAGAUCGUGAGUCCAAAAAGUGAAUUAAGAUGCUGUUUAGAAUAGUGGCACUCGCUGUUGUUUUUCUUAAUGGUCAUAUUUGCCAACAAGUAAAUACGCCAGAUGGACCAAUCUUGGGUACUACUGAAUAUUCCAUAGCUGGUACACCGUAUUCUUCGUUUUAUUCCAUUCCAUAUGCCAAACCUCCAGUUGGAACGUUAAGAUUUCAGGCUCCCCAAGCUGUAGAGCCAUGGACCGAAGUAUACAAUGCUACCACCGAACAAAAACGAGUAUGCUAUCAGCUUUAUCAAGAUUUACCUGAAGAAACCGAGGAUUGUUUACUUCUCAAUGUAUAUGUACCACAAUCAAAUGCGACUGAUAUACCCGUCAUGCUGUUUAUACAUGGCGGUGGAUUUAUUUCUGGUUCUGGACUUAAUGGAGGACCUCAAGGAUUUUAUCGCCCCAACUUCUGGAUGGAUAACAACGUUAUUCUGGUCUCUAUUAACUAUAGACUUGGAGUUUUUGGUUUCUUUUCUACUGGAGACGAAGUUAUCCCAGGUAAUAAUGGGUUGAAAGAUCAGGUUCAAGCAAUGAAAUGGGUGCAGAGAAACAUCGCUUCGUUUGGUGGUGAUCCUAAGAAAGUUCUGAUUUUUGGACAAUCUGCUGGUAGCGCUUCUGUAGGUUGGCAUCUGUUAAGUUCAUCCAGCACUGGUAUGUACAAGAAAUACCGUAAAAAACGGCGUCUAGCUGCUAUUCUACAAUCUGGUACUCCCUUAUGUCCAUGGGCUUAUCAAAGGAACCAGACCACGAUAUCAUUGCAAGACGGCCAGUUUGAUGGGCUCGCAGUCAGUGUAAUACAUCCAGAGAUUCAAACAAAUUAUUGGAAGUCGAAUCCAUUAACGUACGCUGGCACUCCCAUAGACGAUGCUGCAUUAACCUUUGCAAAUUGGGAUUCUAGCCAGCCCAAUUGGGCGGAGAGGAAACAAUUAGAACAAGGAUUUUAUUUUGCUCCUGUAGUCGAAGUUGAGAACAACGAAUCUUUUGUAACGGAAUAUCCUUAUGUCAUUUUGGAAAAUGGAAAUUUCAAUAAAAUACCUAUCAUGAUCGGUACAGAUGCUGACGAGGGACUUAUGAACUUAUCAGAAUAUCUAGAUAGUCAGUUGGCUGCUUAUGACGAAGCAUAUUCAAGAAUGAACCCGGGAAACCUCCAUCUUGUUGAUGCACAAGAUAUCAGUGAAGUUGAAAUGCCAUUAAAGAAGAAUAUUCCCCAUGGAUAUGAUUUUUAA